UGGGCUCAUUUGAACACGCGCAAGGCGCAACUUCCUUUCAGUGUGGUUCAAAAAAAUAUCUGCACUCUUUGCUAUCUGGUAAAGUGGGCUAAUCUUUUGUCCGAGGCGGCCGUGUUAGUGAUUCGGUAUGGAAAUCCAGAGUAUUGAGCCAAUGACACUUGGCUCCCCAACCUCCCCCAAGCCUGGUGCUCAAUUUUUACCCGGGUUUCUGAUGGGAGACCUGCCAGCUCCUGUCACUCCUCAACCUAGGUCUUUUGGGUUGACAGGAGGUGGGGCAGAAACAAGGUCUCCUCUUCUGGCUGGUGGUUCUCCUCCACAGCCAGUGGUCCCAACACCUAAAGACAAGAGUGGAGCCCCUCCAGUCAGAAGCAUCUACGAUGAUCUCAACAGCUCCGGUGUGGGAAUGUCACCUCUUGCAGCUCGCAAACAACCAUUUGCUGGAGUGCAUACACCAUUGUCUGGUCUACCAGGGACACCAGGAACAGUCUCUAGUUUGUUUAGCCCUGCGGGACUGCAGAUGAAAACAACACUUUCCCCAGCUCAAGUAGAUCCGUUCUUCACACAAGGAGAUGCUCUGUCUUCUGACGACCAGCUAGAUGACACCUGGGUCACAGUGUUUGGGUUCCCUCCAGCAUCUGCUUCAUACAUCCUUUUACAGUUUGCACAGUAUGGAAACAUAUUAAAACAUGUAAUGUCUAAUACUGGAAACUGGAUGCACGUUCAGUAUCAGUCUAAACUACAGGCGCGGAAAGCUCUCAGUAAAGAUGGAAAGAUAUUUGGAGAAGCCAUUAUGAUUGGUGUCAAACCAUGUAUUGAUAAGAGCGUAAUGGAAAACUCAGACAAGGGCAGUUCUUCCAGUUCUGUCUUCACGCCCCCGGUGAAGGCUCGUGGGACCCCCAGUCACCCUGUAUCAACUCCCCGAUCUGUCAUGAGACCCCUCAGUGCGGCUUACAAAGCAUCCAGCAGUGACUACCAGGUUGUGUCAGAUCAACAGACACCAAAAAAGGAUGAAAGUUUUGUAUCGAAAGCAAUGGACUAUAUGUUUGGAUGGUAAUCUUUUACUCGCAGGGUCCUGAUGAAAAAGCUCUGAGACCACCAUCAACCUCUGGUGUGUUGACAUUGCUCUAAAAAACUGACAUUGGGUUUUUCUGAGCACAAUCAUUCAGUGAAUACAAAAGCACUUUAUCUCUAUGUUUGCGGACUGUUUGACAUUGCAUGCUCUUUUGCUGAAGAUGGACUCUUGAGAGUUUCACUUGGACUGCUUUCAGCUGCUGGUUUUGGAGUUGGUCCCACAAGUCUGUCCUCAAAAUCAUACAGAUUUAACAACUAAGUGUUCCAGGUCUUAAACAUGCCAAAAGAGGGUUCUGCUGGUAAUUUAAGGGGCAUAUCAUGUCAAACUCUCACGGGACCCUAUUGUACAAAUUCUGACAUUUUUACUUGACAGUUUGUGGUUAUGGUCUGCUUUAUUGAUCUCAUAAAAAUAUCAUUGAUUACAUUCAGCGUUUUGAUACCAAGACCUUAUUCUUCGAUAUGACCACAAUUUCAUUGGGUUAUAUACAUCUGUUUUUAGGUUAUUGUGGGUUUUCAUUUACUUUAGCAAAUAUUUUAAUGGGACAGAAAAUCUGUCUCCUUUUUUAGAAAUGUCUGAUUUUGAAAAUGCCUUUUCCAUUUAAUAAACAUUGUCUGAUUAGAAA